AUGGCGGUGAAGUUUUUAGAAGUUAUAAGGCCAUUUUGCAAUGUCCUGCCAGAAGUUGAGAAGCCUCAGAGAAGGAUUCAAUUCCGCGAAAAAGUUCUCUGGACUGCGAUUACCCUCUUCAUCUUCCUUGUCUGUUGUCAAAUCCCGCUCUUUGGAAUCAUGAGCUCCGAAUCUGCCGAUCCUUUUUACUGGAUCCGAGUCAUUCUCGCUUCCAAUCGUGGUACCCUCAUGGAACUUGGUAUUUCUCCCAUCGUCACUUCUGGUUUGAUCAUGCAGUUGCUCGCGGGAGCUAAAAUUAUUGAAGUUGGUGAUACCCCUAAAGAACGAGCUCUUUUCUCUGGCGCCCAGAAACUCUUUGGAAUGAUCAUGACCCUCGGCCAGGCUGUCGUCUACGUCUUGACAGGAAUGUACGGUGACCCCGCUCAAAUGGGCACUGGAAUCUGCUGCUUGAUCGUCAUCCAACUCUUCGUCGCCGGAAUGAUCGUCCUCCUCCUCGACGAGCUCCUCUCUAAAGGCUACGGUCUUGGCUCCGGUAUCUCCCUCUUCAUCGCCACCAACAUCUGCGAAACCAUCGUCUGGAAGGCCUUCUCUCCCACCACUGUCAACGUCGGCCGAGGAACUGAAUUCGAAGGCGCUGUCGUUGCUCUCUUCCAUCUUUUGGCAACCAAGCAGGACAAGGUCCGAGCUUUGAACGAAGCUUUUUACCGACAGAACUUGCCAAACUUGAUGAAUCUCCUUGCCACCGUCCUUGUUUUCCUCGUCGUCAUCUACUUCCAAGGUUUCCGAGUUGACCUCCCCAUCAAAUCCAUCCGAUACCGAGGCCAGUACUCCACCUACCCCAUCAAGCUUUUCUACACUUCCAACAUCCCUAUCAUCCUCCAGUCCGCCCUUGUCUCCAACCUCUACGUCAUCUCCCAGAUGCUUUCAACCCGAUUCGCCGGUAACUUCUUCGUCUCUCUUCUUGGCGUUUGGGAUGCUACCGAAGAUCGACGAGGCGGUUCUCACCCAACUGGCGGUCUCUGCUACUACCUCUCUCCUCCCGAAUCGUGGAAGAGCGUCACUAGCGACCCAAUGCACGCCGUUCUCUACGUCAUUUUCAUGCUCGGAUCAUGCGCCUUCUUCUCCAUGACCUGGAUCGAUGUCUCCGGCUCCAGCCCCAAGGAUGUCUCCAAGCAGCUCAAGGAACAGGGCAUGGUCAUGCGAGGAUUCCGUGAAAGCUCGAUGACUCACGAACUCGGACGAUACAUCCCCACUGCCGCUUGGUUCGGAGGAAUGUGCAUUGGUGCCCUCUCAGUCAUGGCCGAUGGUCUUGGUGCUAUUGGAUCCGGAACCGGUAUUCUUCUUGCCGUUACAAUCAUCUACCAGUACUUCGAAAUCUUUGUCAAAGAGCAACAGGAGCUCGGUGGAAUGGGCGGCAUGUUAUUUUAA